UCAACCAAGAGCUGUUUCUGGUGUCCCAAUGAUAGUGACAGAAAUAUAGACUCCAACCACAGUGAGGUCAAACUGCUAUACCACGAACCUGCUUACAGAACUCUGGGUUUCCUGUCUCCUCCCUUGUCAUAUCAGAGUAGGACGGAUUGAGAGGGGAGGGGACUAGGGUGAAGUACUGCAGCUUCGAGUAGAUUUCCUGGCUUUCUUUUUUUAAAAAAAAAAAGCAGCAGCAAAGUGAAGUCGUCCAAAUGAAGAUGACAGUUACAGCAUGUUAGUACUUGAUAGCUAGACGGACAUCUUCUUGUUUGUGCCUUCGCAACAGGCAAGCUGGGCCUCUUGAUGAGCUCACUUCAGGCCCACGAUGGAAAAGCAAAGGAAGGUGACUUGUCUCCAGUGUAUUUGGAAAGUGUUGUGUGCUGCCGUGGCUUAUGCAAUCAGUAUGAUAACAGACCUUUGCAAAUCCCACGGCCAGCGGGGCCCCAAGCAUGAGAGUUAUGAAGAAAAAUAUGAACGCCGGCAAGAAAAGCAUGAAAACCUGCGCAGAAGGAACAACAGGACCAUUUGCCGUCUCAUGAAUAAAAACCAUAGCAAAGAAGCCAAGGAGCUGCUUCAAAGUCCCCGAGAAAAAGAAUUCCUCAAAAGAAGGAAUUUAAUAACUGAAAGGCCAGGAAGGAAAGGAGCUCAGUUUAAUCCUGGCACAGAUGUGCCACUGUUUUCUGAGAACAAAACUGGAGGUUUGGAGGAGAUACCAGCAUAUCUGAAGUCACGGCCUACUAACCAGGAGUCUAGGGAUAACUGUACCUCCCAGCUUCAUUUCAAAUCUGUGCAGCGUAGCAUCAGUAACACUUUUGCACAUGGCAAUGUGAACUCCUUUCCUGAAAACAUGUUCACUGUGAAAGUUUACAAAAGCUGUAAAGGUACCCAAACCAUAAAUGAGUCUAUUACAGUAAAGAAAAACUCAGGCCAGCAGACAGAUUGUGGAACAGCGGUUUUAGAUAAGGAAAUUGUUCAACUUUCUACCUACCUCACGGAGGCACUCCACCGGGAGCUCGGGCUAAAGCAGAAGAUGAUGAUUUUACAGGAGCUUCUCUCCACAUUGCUGCAAGCAGCUGAAAAGUCUUGGAAGGGUCAGUUAAAUGAAGACAAACUCAAGUGCAGACUGGGUGCACUGGAGAAUCAACUGCAAACCUGCACCCAGAGUUACUCAAAGCAGAGCUUAAAGAGGAUUCUCCUGGAAAUGGAAGAUCAAAAGCAGAACUAUGAGCAGAAAGUGAAAGAGUCACUUCAGAAGCUGCUUGAGGAGAAACUGCAAGUGGAAAGCCAACUCCAGAAUGCCCAGAGAGCCCUAACUGUUGCAGAAGAAGACGGUACCCUCUGGAAAGAACACUACAACACAUUAAAAAAAGACUGGAGCCAGCUGACUGACAAGCACAUUGAACUAGAAAACAAACUUCAUGUCCUGGAGAACAAAUUUCAGUGGUCAGACACCCAGAACUCUCAGCUCCACGAAGCUCUGCAGAACUUGGAAACCGAACGUGCUCAUCUCUAUUCCAGAAUUGACAACCUGCAAGAAGACAACAAGCUCACAAUUGAGUGUCUCGGUGUAGUGGAAGGCAAGCUGCGAAGUGAAGAAAGACAGAAGCUACUGCUGGAGGCAACAAUUAAGCAUUUGCACAAGCAGGGUGUCAGCUCAGCCAGAAGAACCAAACAGAAUGCCCAGUCAAAAGACCAUGAAAGUGGAAGAGAGAGCAGCCUGGAGGACCAGCUACAAAAGUGGACAUCCCAGCUCGCAGCUAAGGAAAAAGAGUGCACAGAUCUCCGUGGUGAGCUAGAGGUCCUGAGCGAUGAGUAUCGCAGCUGCCUUGCCAAGUUACAGCAGUGCCGAGAUGAGAUCAGUCAUCCUCAGAGCAAACAGGCCCAACAGAUGUCCUGAGGGUAGUGACAAGAGAACAGGCCUUUUCAGUGGUGCCCUCCCAUUUCUGGAAUGCUCUUCCAAGGGAGGCUCGCCUAGCACUGACUUUGACAUCUUUUCAGCUACAGGUGAACACAUUUCUCCCAGUCAUUUGAAUGUAAACAUCUCUGCUAUAUGUGUGGGUGUUUUAGUUCAGUAAUUUUUUUGGGUGAGCAUGCUUAUGUUGCAGAGGGGAAAGAGUAUUUGCCUAUUAUAAUUAGCAUAGGAUCACGUUUAACAUGGUGAUACACAUUUUUAAAUUUUGUACUGAAUUUUAUUUUUGUAGGCCACUUUAAGACUUUUUUUUAGUGGAAAGCAAUGAAUAAAUUAAGUAACAAUAAUAGAAAGCAACUAAAGCAGGGUCACCUCCAAGAUCUCAACUGGUGCAUUGGGUAAUAGCGUGAGAAUCGCUUCCUAAGAAUUCCAGAGCCCAAGAUCUUAGAGAUCACAACUGAGCUUUUAAUUUAUUUAUUAAAAUAUUUAUAUCCUGCCCUUCCAUUCCUAAUGGGACCAACUAGACAGUUAUUUAGAACAAUCAGUAAUGUAUUAGAUCCAGAUUUAGUCAUGCUUAGAGUAGCCCUAUUGAAAGCAUAACUACCUUAAGUGCCAUUGAUUUUAGUGGGUCUACUCUAAGGCUGCAAUUCAAUACAUGUCUACUCAGAAGUAAGCCCCAUUGGGUAAGUGUGUAUUGGAUUGCAGCCUAAAUCUGGAUCCAACCCAAUGAAAUGGUAAAAACGGAGACCAAAUAUACAACAGCAGUAUAUUUAACUGCUGUUAAGUUAAACAAUUGGGUUCCAAAGUCAUUAUGGGCAGUUGUGUUCUUUGCUAUUUAAAUUGUUUUUAUAACUUGAGCUUGAAUCCUGGCAAGAUAGGACACUAUGGGUGAGUGGUUCCUGUGCCUGAGAAAUUGCCUACCCUGGAUGGAGUUGUAUUCCCUCUGAAGGAGCAGUUACGCAGUCUGGAAGAGUGUGUGUCUGCUUCUAGUCCCAGCUGUUGCUGGAGGCCCAGGUAGCCUCAGUGGGUUUGUUGUUAUGUGCCUUCAAAUCGAUUAUGAUUUAUGGCGACCCUAUGAAUCAGUGACCUCCAACAGCAUCUGUCAUGAACCACCCUGUUCAGAUCUUGUUAAGUUCAGUAGAAGCGCCUUUUAGCAACUGUGCUUCGGGUACGGCACCUACGACCACAGUAGUUCAGGCACAGAUGACUUUAAGACUGGAUUUCUGCAAUGCACUCUAUGUGGGACUUCCCUUGUGUUUGACUUGGAAACUGCAGUUGGUGCAGAAUGCUGCAGCACUGUUGCUUACAGGAGUGAGACCCUGUCAGCAUGUAACACCUCUGCUCAGUGAUCUGCACAGACUGCUGAUUUUGUUCAAGUUCAGGGUGUUACUAUUGGUAUAUAAAACCCUUAAGAGCUUGGGACCAGUUUGCCUUACCCUAUGUGUGCCACUCAACCACUUUGAUCUGCGAACUGGCACUGUUAUAGGGUCCACUUAAUCUUCGUUCCGCACUUGUAAAAAAUUGUUCUUUUAGCGUGGUAGCAGCUACACUUUAGAAUUCCCUGCCUAUUGACACCUUUACUGUAUUCUUUU